AGAAGAUCACAAAAUAAAGGCACAUUUCUCUCAUUGUUCUCUAGUGAGUUGAGUUCUAAGAUGGGAUUAGAAAAAAUGAGUUCUACCUUAUGGUUUUCGGGACUUAUAUUUCUUAACAGUCUGCUUCUUUGCAUGGCUGUAGGACAAGUCCAUUACUAUGACUUUGUUCUGAAGGAGACAAAUUUCACUAAGCUGUGCAGCACGAAGAGCAUUUUAACUGUAAAUGGAACUUUCCCUGGUCCAACCAUUCGGGUUCACAAAGGCGAUACUGUCUUUGUUAACGUACAUAAUCAAGGGAAAUAUGGAGUCACUAUCCACUGGCAUGGAGUUAGGCAACCGAGAAAUCCAUGGUCAGAUGGUCCAGAGAACAUUACACAGUGCCCCAUUCCUCCUAACACAAGCUUCACUCAGGAGGUAAUAUUUUCCACAGAAGAAGGAACUCUUUGGUGGCAUGCCCACAGUGAUUGGACUCGUGCUACAGUGCAUGGUGCUAUUAUUAUUUUACCUAAACCUGGAACCACUUAUCCAUUUCCUGAGCCAUAUGCAGAAGAAACACUUAUUCUUGGGGAAUGGUAUAAGGGAGAUGUGAUGGCAAUAAUUGAUGAAGCUCUUGCAACUGGUGGCGAUCCAAACAUCUCAGAUGCUUUCACUAUUAAUGGCCAGCCAGGAGAUCUCUAUAAUUGUUCUAAUGGAACUACAUACCGUCUACCAGUUUACUCUGGCAAGACCUAUCUUCUGCGCAUAAUCAAUUCCAUAAUGAAUGAAGAACAAUUUUUUGGAAUUGCAAAGCACAACCUCACAGUUGUUGGGAGUGAUGGUGCAUACCUCAAACCAAUAAACACAAAUUAUAUCAUGAUAACACCAGGACAAACAAUGGACGUUUUGGUCACAGCAAAUCAGUCUCCUAGUCUAUAUUACAUUGCAUCAACACCAUUUGCAGACACCGCUGCUCCCUAUGACAACACCACCACUACAGCAAUUCUGCAAUAUAAAGGCAAUUAUACUGUCCCAUCAACUAUUCCCUUCCCAACACUUCCUGCUUACAACGACAAAGACGCUGCCGGAAACUAUACAAUACGGUUAAGGAGCUUAGCAAGCAAAGAACAUCCUGUCAAUGUGCCAAAAACGAUCACUAGAAGUAUCUUUAUGACAGUUUCUGUGAAUCAGAUAUAUUGCCCAAAUGCAUCAUGUGCAGGUCCGAGUGGUAAUAGAUUAUCAGCAAGCUUGACUAAUAUAAGCUUUGUGACACCCCAAAUUGAUAUACUCCAAGCAUAUUACAGGAGACUGCCCAGAGUAUUUGCAAGCAAUUUCCCCGAUCAACCUCUUUAUUUUUUCAACUUCACUGGAGAUGUGGGCAACAAUACAGAGUACCCAGCCCUAGCGACAAAAGCCUUGACAGUAAAUUACAACGAUGCAGUUGAGAUGGUACUUCAAGGAACUAAUAUUGGGGCUGCAGAGAAUCAUCCUAUGCAUCUUCACGGUUUUAGCUUCUACGUGGUUGGAAUGGGUUCUGGAAAUUUCAACAAUAAGACUGACCCUAAGUCUUAUAAUUUGAUUGAUCCACCAGAAGUCAACACUGUUGGAGUUCCUAAAAAUGGAUGGGUUACAAUUAGAUUCAUUGCUGAUAAUCCUGGGGUAUGGUUCAUGCACUGUCAUUUGGAAAGGCAUGCUAGCUGGGGCAUGGACACUGUGCUUAUUGUGAAGAAUGGGGGAACCAGUGCAACAAGCAUUCGCCCUCCUCCUAAAUAUAUGCCUCCCUGUUCCAAGUCAUAGUUCUGAGAAAGUUUUACUUCAAUUGUAAUACAUCAAAAAUAAUAAUUCUAAUAAUAAUGCAUGAGUUAAUGGUCUAAA